GCGGCAGCCUAUGAGUGUCGCUCUUGUCACCUGAUCGCCGGCCAGUCAUGUGAUUCCGUUCCUUGUGUCAGAGGCAUGAAGAUGGCGGCAGUGACGGGUCCGUUCCUGUUCUCUGUUCUCCUUAUAUCGGCGCUGCCGCGGUCUGUGACCCCGUCCCAGCAAGUGCCCGUCCUGCUGUGGUCCAGCGAGAGUUCCCUAUGGAAAGCCCAGCCCAGCUCCCAUGGUGGUCAUGUGACCACCGACCUCCAAUUGGGCCAGUACUUGGACAGUGCGCUGAGCAGCGGCCCCAGGAACGUCCUGCUUUUCCUCCAGGAGAAGCUGAGCGUUGAAGAUUUCACAGCAUUCGGAGGAGUCUAUGGAAACAAACAAGACAGCGUCUUCCCAAAUCUAGAGAGUAUUAUGGAGUCCUCGCCCUCUUCCAUGGUGCUGCCCGCUGUAGACUGGUAUGCCGCUAACAUCCUGCCCACUUACCUGAAGGAGAAACUGGGUGUGAGCCCCCUCCACGUGGAUCAGUCCACUCUGCUAGAGCUGAGGCUAAAUGAGACGAUCCCGUCAUUGCUGGUUGUGAGGCUGCCCUACGCCAACAGUGCUGGCUUAAUGGCUGCUAAAGAUCUGCUCCGAGCUAAUGAUGAAGUCAUUGGGCAGGUACUGAGCACACUGAAGGCAGAGGGUGUCCCAUACACAGCACUUCUCACUGCCCUGAGACCCUCCCGGGUGAACAGAGAGAGUGACUUUGCGGUGGGAAGUCUCGGUCGCCAGCUAUUAGCGUCUCCCACUCCUGCGCCUCUUCCCAGCUAUCCUCCAGUCGCGUUCAGGAACGGAACACAGAACGGCACCUGUAUCCUGUUCUGGGCCUCAAACAUCUCUGUGUUUAUGGAUCAGGCCCUCGUAGACCUCACUAAUAGUACAUUCAACAGGACGGGGGAUGAACUCACAGCUGGCUCCACCUGCAACACAACUAAUGCAGUCCUGGUCCUGAAUUAUGAGAAUGGUCUGCAAGUACGAUUUCAUCUGGAAAGCCGCUGGUACAGGGUGUCUGCGCGCCCUUGGUUCUCUCUGAGCCGGGUGGAGGUCAGUAAUGCCACCAGUAAUGCCACCUUCCUGGCUUCCCAAGUGAGCGCUCCCAGCAGCUACUCCUUUCACUGUCAGUAUGUCAGCAGCCUCUCUGUCCACGACUCUCUGCUGAUCAGCAACACCACCGGCUCCAAGUGGCAGCUUCACAUCACCAAUUUCCAGAUCCAGGGUUUUAAUGUCACUGGCCUGAAGUUUUCUUCCGCCAGUGACUGUGCUGGAUUCUUCUCCCCCGGGAUCUGGAUGGGUCUAAUCACCACUUUGCUCUUUGUCUUCAUCCUGACCUAUGGGCUGCACAUGGUGAUGAAUCUUAAAACCAUGGAUCGAUUUGAUGACCCCAAAGGACCGACUAUAGCUGUACCCCAGACUGAGUGACGACCGUUCUCCAUCCUGUGUCCCCAACUCCUAGCUACAUUCCACGUUUUAUCUGAUCUGUGCCCACACGAGAGCCGAGGUGUUACUAGUGACUGAGGUACAAAACGCCUCCGCUGUGCCAUCUACUGCGUUCCUAACACCUGCCCCGCCCACAAAAUGGCCGCUUGCCCUGUUAGGUUAAAUUUUAAUAAACCGCAUCAAAGUACAAUUGGUGCAGAGAACAUAUUGGGGGCCUCAUUCUAAGUACAUAUAAUUAGUAACUUGUAGUACACAAUCCUGCCCAGUUUAUCACUUAUUACCCCUUCCUGCAGACACACGUUCAGGAUUUAUAUGUAACACAAAGGGGGAGACAUGACGGAACAUCUGCGUAUGAAUUGUCAGCCUCUGGCACCACUUGUACAUGAAAGCAGCACUGCAGCGCUCCUUACUCUGGUGUCAGCCACGCCUGGGCAAUCUGUGGCUCUCCGUGGGCCUGAUCGCUGGCAGAGUAUGUGAGCCACUGAUUGUCCUAUCCUGAGAGUGCACAGAGAAUAUGUAGUCCCCUCAGUGCUCCGCGGAAGCUGUAUAAACUCCAUAGAAGGUGUACAUAAUUCUAUUUAUUUGUGUUUGUCAUUGGUUUAGUGCAAGUGUAGGGAGCAGUGACUGCAGCUGCGGUUGGCAUUCUUGGACUUGUAGUUAGUGGAGUGCUGGUAAGCCUCUAGUUACGUGGCUGUGUUGGAUAAAGUGCACUGUUCUGCAGGUAUAUGUCAGUAGCUAUCUCCUCUGUGAAAUGUGAUUUCUUCCAUUAAAAUACAAUUUCCUCUGUAACUAUUCACUGUAUAACUUAUGAGAAAUAAAGUGUUGCUGUGUCGCUGUUUAUAA